AUGGCAGCCCCAGCCCCAGUUGUGCCGGGCACCGGCCGAGGUGGCAGGGCCAGCGGGGCCCCCCCUGCCCCCCUGGGCACCACCACCGGCCUGGUGCUGCUCCUUUCCCUCCUCUUGCUUCUCCCCAGCUCCCUCCAGGGCCGGGCGCUGUGCCCCACCACAGUACGAGUGCUGACAGCCACCAGCAACCCCAGGAAAGCCCACCCUGCACUGGGACCACCGGAGACCAGGGACGCGGUGACGGGCCUGCUCCCCGCCAGCGCCGACCACCGGGAUGCCUGGGUCCGGGACAACGUCUACAGCAUCCUGGCCGUCUGGGGGCUGGGCCUGGCCUACCGCAAGAACGCCGACCGCGACGAGGACAAGGCCAAGGCCUACGAGUUGGAGCAGAGUGUGGUGAAGCUGAUGCGGGGGCUGCUCCAGUGCAUGAUGAGACAGGUGGACAAGGUGGAGGCAUUCAAGUACAGCCGGAGCACCAGAGACUGCCUGCAUGCCAAGUACAACACCCACACCUGUGCCACCGUGGUGGGGGACCAGGAGUGGGGUCACCUACAGAUGGAUGCCACCUCCCUCUACCUGCUCAUGCUGGCGCAAAUGACGGCCUCAGGCCUCCACAUAAUUCACAGCCUGGAUGAAGUCAACUUUAUCCAGAAUCUCGUGUUCUACAUCGAAACGGCCUACAAAACCGCGGACUUUGGGAUAUGGGAGCGCGGGGACAAGACGAACCAGGGCAUCACUGAGUUGAAUGCUAGCUCUGUCGGCAUGGCCAAGGCUGCUCUGGAGGCGCUGGAUGAGCUGGAUCUCUUUGGAGCAAAGGGAGGCCCGCAGUCGGUGAUACGGGUGCUGUCGGAUGAAGUGCAGCACUGCCAGUCCAUCCUCCACUCGAUGCUGCCCAGGGCAUCCACGUCCAAGGAGGUGGACGCCAGUGUGCUCUCUGUCAUCUCCUACCCAGCAUUCGCUGUGGAGGACAGCAAGCUGGUGGAAAUCACCAAGCAAGAGAUCAUCACAAAGCUGCAGGGGCGCUACGGCUGCUGCCGCUUCCUCCGGGAUGGAUACAGGACCCCCAAAGAGGACCCCAACCGCCUCUACUACGAACCUGCUGAGCUGAAGCUGUUUGAGAACAUUGAGUGUGAGUGGCCUCUCUUCUGGGCGUACUUGAUCAUUGAUGGGAUUUUCAGCGGAAACAUGGAGCAGGUGCAGGAGUACCGGGAAGCCCUUGAGGGGGUUCUCAUCAAGGGGAAGAACGGGGUGCGCCUGGUGCCAGAGCUGUACAGCGUCCCGCUGGAUAAGGUGGAUGAGGAGUACAGGAACCCCCGCACUGUGGACAGGAUACCUCUGGGCAAGCUGCCGCUCAUGUGGGGGCAGUCCCUCUACAUCCUGGGCUGCCUGAUGGCUGAGGGGUUUCUAGCUCCUGGUGAAAUAGAUCCCCUCAACCGCCGGUUUGCGACUGUCCCCAAGCCCGAUGUGGUGGUCCAAGUGUGCAUCCUGGCAGAGACGGAGGGGAUCAAGGCUGUCCUGAGGAAGGAGGACAUCAAUGUGGAGACUGUGGCAGAUGUCUACCCCAUCAGAGUGCAGCCUGCUCGCAUCCUCAGCCACAUCUACACCCGGCUGGGCCGCAACAAGCAGAUGUGCCUGACGGGACGGCCCUACCGGCACAUGGGUGUCCUUGGGACCUCCAAGCUCUACAACAUCAGGAAGAACAUCUUUACCUUUACCCCGCAGUUCAUAGACCAGCAGCAGUUCUACCUGGCCCUCGACAACACGAUGAUUGUGGAGAUGCUGAGGACGGACCUCUCAUACCUCCGCAGCCGCUGGAGGAUGACUGGGCAGCCAACCAUCACCUUCCCCAUCUCCCACACCAUGCUCGAUGAAACUGGCAGCAGCGUGCACCCUACAGUGCUGGCAACACUGCGGAAGCUGCAGGACGGGUAUUUCGGUGGCGCAAGGAUCCAGACGGGUAAGUUGUCGGAGUUCCUGACAACGUCGUGCCGAACGCACCUCAGCUUUAUGGACCCUGGGCCAGAGGGUAAGGUCUUUGCCAAGAGUUACGAGCUCAGCAUUGACAGCUUUGAGGAGCUACACGCCGAGGAGUGGCUGCAUGGCUUGCAGAUAGCAGAGGAUGCGGACACAUACGAUGAAGUUGCUCAGUACUUGGACCACCUGCUGCAGCACACAGUUCCCCAGUCGAACCUCCCUCCCACCGCCCAGCGGGGAGGGCUGAGCCGUUUCCGGGCUGCUGUCCACACCACCCGUGACCUCAUGUCCCUGGCUUCCAAGGCCAAGGACCUUCAUGUCCAGAAUGUUGGGAUGUAUAUCCCCAGCAAGAUCUUCCAGGCAUCCCAGCAGUCGGUCAAGCUGCUGAGUUCACCCCACCAGCACAACGUGGAUAGCAAGAGCCACACACCCUAUGCAGAGAUGAGCCUGCCCCGUGAUGAGGAUGGCAACAUGGACUGCAAGGCACUGGUGGACCAGCUGCGCAUCUGCCCCACGCUGCAGGAGCAAGCGGACAUCCUCUACAUGCUUCACGUCCUCAAGGGGCCCAAGUGGCACACAGGGCUUGAUAGCGAGCCUGGCCCCACUGUUGAGGAGCUCCUCACUGAGCUGUACAUGCGGGUGGGGAACACGCGCCAGUGGGCCCUGAUCCGCUACAUCUCUGGCAUCCUCAAGAAGAAGGUGGAAGCUCUGGAUGAGGCCUGCACUGACCUCCUGUCUCACCAGAAGCACUUGACGGUGGGGCUGCCCCCGGAGCCACGCGAGAAGACAAUCUCCACCCCUAUCCCCUAUGAGGAGCUCGUUCGCCUCAUUGAUGAAGCCAGCGAGAAGAACCUCAGUGUAUCUAUCCUCACCCAGGAGAUCAUGGUGUACUUGGCCAUGUACAUGCGCACACAGCCCACACUCUUCGCUGAGAUGUUCCGCAUCCGCAUUGGGCUCAUCAUCCAGGUGAUGGCAACGGAGCUGGCACACUCCCUGCACUGCUCAGCUGGAGAAGCCACUGAGAACCUGAUGAAUCUCAGCCCGUCAGACAUGAAGAGCCUUCUCUACCACAUCCUCUCCGGCAAGGAGUUUGGGGUGGAAAGGAGCGUGCAAUCAGUCAACUCAUCACUUACCACCACUAUCUCCAUCUGUGAGGUGGGGGCUGUCGGGGCUACCAAGCCUGAGCGUGCCGGCAUUGUCAGGCUGAAAAGUGAGAUCAAACAGCGAUUGGAUAAACGUAGGCAGUCUCUGUCUGGGAGUAAGCCCCUCAGUUUGCAGUCUGGGGACGCCGACCUGAAGUCCUCUCUGUCUGCUGGGCACUCGGAGCUGCUGGGCAAGGGCUCAUUUUCAAGCAUGCUGGAAGACCACGGCAGUAAGGACAGCCGCCAGGGCCAGUGGCAGCGGAGACGGCGGCUGGAUGGGGCCCUCAACCGUGUCCCUGUGGGCUUCUACCAGAAGGUCUGGAAGGUCCUGCAGAAGUGCCACGGCCUCUCCGUGGAGGGCUUUGUUCUCCCCUCUUCAACAACCAGAGAGAUGACCCCAGGGGAAAUGAAGUUUGCUGUGCAUGUAGAGUCAGUACUCAACCGUGUGCCCCAACCAGAGUACAGGCAGCUGCUGGUGGAGGCUAUCUUAGUGCUCACCAUGCUGGUGGACAUGGAGGUGCACACCAUCGGCGGCAUCAUAGCUGUGGAAAAGAUCCUGCAAAUGGCCAAUGACCUUUUCUAUGAAGAGCAGAAAGCCCUGGGUGCUGAUGACCACAUGCUGGAGAAGGAUCCCACGACGGGCAUCUGCAGCCUGCUGUACGACAGCGCACCAAGCGGUCGGUUCGGCACCAUGACCUACCUGUCCAAGUCGGUGGCCAUGUACGUGUAUGACUUCCUGCCCACGGAUGGCUGCUCCAUGCAGUAGCUCUCACAGCUCCUCUCUCCGUUGCAGAUGCCGCGGGAGGGUUGUUUCAUACAGCUUUUAAAGAUGGGUAUUAGGCUAGUUUGCAGGCAGCCUGCGUGGCCAUCUCUCCUCCCAGUCCUGGCCUCUCGGUGGGUGAGUGGCUCUCCCGAGGAGCUCUGCAGGAGGCACAUGUGCUAAGCUGAGCUGUGCCUGUGUGCAGCCUGUGGAGCAAGGGCUGGCAGGGAAAGGCUGAGCUUUGAAGCCUGCUUGUGUUAGAAGUGUCUGCCUGCAUCUCCUCCUGGGCCAUCACCCCCAGAGAGGCCUGUGUUUGAGGGAGAAGGAAAGGGCUCCCCUCACCAGGCAUGUGUGCUCAGCACUGCAGCGCUCCCUGGCCAGCUCACGCUCUCCUUGCCUCCAGCAGAUUUGAGGUUUUUAACGUGUUCUGUGCUGCUUUUUAUUCCAAAUCUGCAGGGUUUACACUAGUGUAGGCUAGACCUCUUGCUUUUCCUGCUGCUGAUGGAAAAGCUUUGUUAGAGGAAUAGGGGAUGCUGCCUGAGCCUCUCUCCCAGCACACCCAAAAUCAAAACAGUCCAACCCAGCCACAGCUGUGCUGCUUGGAAGUAGGCAGCCCAUCAGGCCCACCUCAGGGGUUCUGUGUGCAGAGCUGGGGAGGCUGUGGGAGCCAGGAGCAUCCCAAGGUGGUAACAGAUCCCUGUUACCACCAGGCUGUGAGGACAGGGCUUCUGGCUGGCUGGGGGAUGCCAGUGGCAGCCCCUCAGUGCUGUCUGCUUUGUCCCUGGCAGUGUUGCUAAUGGCUAAGUUGCAGGUUCCCGAGUUCAUACAUGCCCUGUGAAGCAGCUCUGAGCUGGCUGCUUGGCUCGGUGUUAGUUGUGCCAUCACAAAUGUGCUCUUAAUGCUCAGUUCUGGCCUCUGCCCCAGCUCCCACAGCCUUGCACAGGAGAGGGGUGGUGACUUUAGAGUGGGUCCCAGCUCCGCUCUAUCCUGCAGGU